GGGGAGGUACAGAAGAAAUCGUCUGACACUGAAACAUUAAAAAAAAGAUCUCUGAGGCCUUGCAAAGGAGUCUUGAUUCACACAAGGAGAAUUGCUUUGACUGUGUUCAUCCUGUUCAGUCAGGAACUGCUGAAGAAGUGGAGGAAUUCAGCUUAGCCAUCUGGAUUUAAGAAGCUGAAAACCAUGUCUCUUCCCCGACAGCUGCGAGAAAAGAGUGAUUUUGACCAGCUUCCAGAUGAUGUACCUGUUUCAGCUAACAUUGCAGAUAUUGAAGAGAAGAAAGGCUUUACUAAUUAUUUUAUGUUUGUCAUUGAAGUAAAGGUUAAAGGUGGUGGCAGAUACCUGAUUUUCCGACGCUAUCGUCAGUUCUAUGCCCUGCACACCACGCUAGAGGAGAGAUAUGGGGCAGAGAGCAAAAAUAGCCCUUUUACCUGCACACUCCCCAUAUUGCCAGGAAAAGUUUAUGUUGGGUCCAAAAAAGAAAUUGCUGAGAACAGAAUUCCUAUCCUAAAUGUCUACAUGAAGAACCUACUCUGCCUACCCGUUUGGGUGUUGAUGGAUGAAGAGGUACGACUGUUCUUCUACCACUCAACCUUUGAUAGUGAGCAGGUGCCUCACAGGCUGAGACGGCUUCGCCCACGGACGCGCCGAGUUAAAAGCAUUUCACCUCAAUUGCCUAUUUUUGACCGUGUGGCAACUCCACGGGCUGAGGCACUGUUUGAUUUUUCUGGAACCAAUAAACUGGAACUCAGCUUCAAGAAGGGAGACUUGAUCUAUCUACUCAGCAGAGUAAACAAAGACUGGUUGGAGGGAACAGCUGAUGAUGCCACUGGGAUUUUCCCAUGUGCCUUUGUGAAGAUCAUAAAAGAUUUACCACAGCAGGAAGCAAUAGUUAAUAAAGUUCGCUGUUAUUACCAUGACGAGACUGUGAGCACUAUCAGGGAUAUCUUAGUGGAAGAGGAUCUGAGCAGCAUUCCAUCAUUCAAAGAUCUCAUGGAAUUGAUGAGGCGGGAGUUUGACCAAGAUGACAUUGUUCUGAAUUACCGGGACCCUCACGGUGAUCUGAUCCGGUUGCUCUCCAACCAGGAUGUUGAACUCAUGGUGUCUCAGAGCAGGAGAAAGCACUCUGAGAAGCAUUUCUUCCCUUGGAAGUUGCACAUCACUCACAAAGAUGACUUGGGUGUCUACAACACUAGUCCAGGAAUAGGUGCUACUCAAACAGUAAGAACAUCGUAA